AUGUCGGACAUUCAGCUGGAUUCAAAUUUAUUUUUCAAGAGGGCCGAGAAGAUCUUCCAGGCAUGGGAGACGGCAUCUGGCGAUACCAGAGAGCUCGAUGGUCUUACCGCUUUGCAAAUCGUAUUAGGAGAACCUAAUGAUGAUACUGCCGCCUAUAACAAGACUAUGUCUCUACAACUCUAUCUACUAGGAUUUGAAUUUCCCUCCACCCUCAUGCUUUUCACUAAAUCUCCACGGAAGGUGACAUUCGUCUGCAGUUCCUCCAAAGCCAAACUUCUCAAGCAAUUACAAUCCUCAAAUGGGAUUGAGGUAGAUAUUCAAGUUAGAUCAAAAGAUGAGGCAGCUGCAAAACAGGUUAUCAAGGAUUUGGUGCUUGCAUUGGGAGACGGGAAGAUAGGAAGUCUGCCGAAAGACAAACCUGCUGGCAAAUUGGUAGACGACUGGAAUGCUGCCGUAACGGGUUCAAAAGCUGGAUUGGAAGUAGUAGACAUAUCGACGGCCAUUUCAGCUAUUUUGAAUGAGAAAGAUGGCGAUGAGCUGAAAAACCUGAUCACCGGUGCCAAGAUGUCAUCUACCGCUAUGCAACAUUACUUCAAAUCCAAAAUGGAGUCCAUCAUAGAUCGAGGGACAGUUGUACCGCACGACGUGUUCGCUGGCUUGGUCGAGGAGAAGAUCGGAAACGACGAAAAAGGUGCGGAUAUGAAAUUAUGGAGUAAGAACCCUUCUCUGGGCGACGUGGACUUCGCUUCUACGGAAUGGGUAUAUACACCUAUUAUUCAGUCAGGUGGUAAAUACGAUCUCAAAGUUACAGCGUUAUCCGACAAUAGCCCUUUGAAGCCUGGUGUCAUAUUAGCCAACUUAGGUAUUCGAUAUAAAAGUUACUGUACGAGCAUGGGUAGAACUUUCUUCAUCAGUCCUGCCAAGAAACAAGAAACCUACUACUCUACCCUUCUCGAAGCUCGUUCAGAAGCUCUCAAAAAGCUGAAGGCUGGCGCCAUAGUACAAGAUGUUUACAAUGAGGUUCACGAAUUUUUACAGUCUAAAAGCGCUACAUUGGGUCAGAAUUUCGUUAAAACCAUGGGGUUUGCCACUGGUAUCGAAUAUCGAGACAGCGCAUUCGUCCUUAGUUCUAAGAAUGGAAGAACAUUGAAGGAGAACAUGGUCUUGAUCCUUUCUCUUGGUGUACAAGAUCUACCAGAUCCCAAAAAGCAAGGAAAAACCUACUCCCUUCUUGUUUCUGACACCGUUAAGGUUGGACAGAGUGGAGCUGUAGUUUUAACUGAAGGUUGCACCAAGCUGAGUGAUGUAGUGAUGGAACUCGAGGACGAGGACGAUGAGCCUGAGCCCGAGGUCAAGCCUAAAUCCAAGAAGACCAAUGGAGACGCCAAGGCCAAGUCUCCCGUCAAAACUCGAACUGCGCCGGGCGGCGGCCGAGUCUUGCCAACCAAGACUCGUGGAAGUAACAGAGAGGCAGUCGAGCAAACCACGUCGGAAAAGAUCAAGACCAACCAAGCUAGAUUGCAUGCUCAACGUAACGCAGAUGGAAUAAAGAAGUGGGAGAAAGGCGGGAAGGGCAAGGAUGGCGCUCAGGACAAGGUGGUGAAGCGAUAUGAGAGUUAUAGGAGAGAAGAACAACUGCCGAGAGCCGUAGAGGAUCGCCGCGUAUACGUCGAUGAGCAAAGACAAUCCGUUGUACUCCCGAUAAAUGGUUUCGCCGUUCCUUUCCAUAUUUCUACCAUCAAAAACGUCACCAAGACUGAAGAGUCUGAUCACAUCGUGCUGAGAAUCAACUUCCAGUCUCCUGGUCAGAUUGCGGGAAAGAAGGAAGAUAUGCCUUUCGAAGAUCCCGACGCCAAUUUCAUCCGAUCAGCUUCCUUCCGUUCACAAGACCAAAGGCAUAUGCUCAAAGUAUUCGACGCAAUCACUGCGUUGAAGAAAACAGCUACCAAACGAGAAGCGGAGAGGAAGGAGCUGGCAGAUGUUAUCGAGCAAGAGAAAUUGGUCGAAGUGAAAGGCAGACAUCCAUACGUGCUCAAAAACGUCUUCCCUCGUCCUGCUCCGGAGGGAAAGAAGACGGAUGGGAAUGUGGAAAUUCAUCAGAACGGUAUAAGAUUCAGACCUGAUGGCCCCGCAUCCAGAAUUGACCUAUUGUUCAGUAACAUCAAACACUUGUUCUUCCAACCUAGUGAAAAAGAGCUCAUUGUCAUCAUCCAUGUUCAUCUCAAAGCUCCUAUCAUGCUCGGCAAGAAGAAAACUUACGAUGUUCAGUUCUACCGCGAAGUGACCGAUAUGUCAUUUGAUGAAACUGGUGGUAAAAAGCGAAGAGCUAGGUAUGGCGAUGAAGAUGAGAUUGAACAAGAACAAGAGGACCGAAAGCGGCGUGCUGAGCUUGACAAGCAGUUCCACGACUUUGCAAGAAGAAUCGAAUCUGCAGCUCAAGCACAACAAUACGAGCUUGAAGUAGAUGUACCUUUCAGGGAGUUGGGUUUCUCAGGUGUCCCAUAUAGAUCAAACGUAUUAUUGUUACCAACUACGAAUUGUCUGAUUCAUAUCUCAGAAUUCCCUUUUACUGUAAUCACCCUCACAGAAGUCGAGAUCGUCCACUUGGAGAGAGUACAAUUUGGAUUGAAGAAUUUUGACAUGGUUUUCGUAUUGAAUGAUUUCAAGAAAACACCUAUACAUAUCAAUUCGAUUCCUGUAGUACAUCUGGAUAACGUUAAGGAAUGGUUGGAUUCAUGUGAUGUCCCUAUCUCCGAAGGACCAGUCAAUCUCUCUUGGCCCGCGAUCAUGAAGACACUCAAUGAAGAUCCUCACGCUUUCUAUGCAGAGGGAGGAUGGGAGUUCCUGACUGGUGGAGGAUCAGAUGGGGAAUCGUCAGAAUCAUCGGAAGGAUCGGUUUUCGAAGAAGACUCUGAUGUGUUUGAUGAUGAGUCCAGUUCGGAUGCAGAAGAAAGUGGAUCAGACUUUGGCGGCGAUUCAGAUGAUUCUGGUUCAGAGGAUUUGAGUGAUGAAGGUGAAGAUUGGGACGAGUUGGAACGAAAAGCCGAGAGAGCCGACAACAAGCACCGUGAGAAGGGAAAUGAUGAAUCCGAUGAUGAUAGAGGUAAAAAGAAGAAGGGAGGAAGGAGGUAA